CUACAAUCGAUUGGGGCGGAAUGCUGAAGAGGCAGAUGCAGAAGAGAUCAUUGAAUUGGCUAGUAAAGCUUCUGUAGUCGAUCAACAAAAGCAAAUCCAAGAGAACAUCCAUUUUCAAAUUAAGAACUUUUGCUUAUCUAUGGAUGAAAUUCUUCUUCCUAAUUUGAAGAAGGGAAAUAAUCCGGGUGAAGCACUUGCACAGUCAAAUACUGCCCCUCGUCGAAGUGGCCUUAGUUUUGCUGUUGGAAAGAGUGGUCCAGCUACUGAUUGUCUUGCUAUACCUGAGACAAGGCCAUUAAAGAGUGCUGAAGUCUCACGGAGAUUGAAGGAUCUAAUUGGCUACACACUUGAUCUAAAACCAUCCAAGAUACCACACAAGGAAGCAGGACAAGGAUUAUUUGUAGAAGGCGAAGCUGAUGUUGGCACUGUGAUUGCCUUGUACCCUGGUGUAAUUUACUCUCCAGCUUAUUAUCGUUACAUUCCUGGAUACCCAAGAGUUGAUUCCCAUAACACAUACUUGAUCACAAGGUAUGAUGGUAAUGUGAUCAAUGCCCAGCCUUGGGGUUUUGGGGGUGAAACCCGGGAAAUGUGGAAUGGGUCAAUUGUGCCACAAAUAAGGUCUGAUAAGGAAAGUGGUGAGAAAGGUCUGGACCGGUUCUGGAAAAUGAUCAGUAAGCCUGUAGAAGGGACACAAGUUGGCGGUACUGGUGAGAUCCUAGAGCGGAGAAAUCCAUUAGCUUUGGCUCAUUUUGCCAAUCAUCCGGCGAAGGGAAUGGCUCCAAAUGUCAUGAUUUGUCCUUAUGAUUUCCCAUUGACUGAGAAGGACCUGAGAGCCUACAUACCAAAUAUAACACUUGGCAACUCCGAAGAAGUGAAUAUGAGAAGAUUUGGCAGCUUUUGGUUCAGAUCUAGGGGGAAAGAUAUUGGGUCUGAUGUUCCUGUUCUGAAGACUCUUGUCCUGGUGGCUACUAGGGCACUUUGUGAUGAAGAAGUGCUGUUGAACUAUAGGUUAAGCAACACAAAGCGAAGGCCAGAGUGGUAUUCUCCAGUGGAUGAAGAGGAAGACCGAAGGAGAUGGAGCUAGAGGAUGAAUGCCAAACAUCAAAAGUUUUCUGUGCAGAACUUGGGUUCUUCAUGGAGAAUGUUCAUGUCUUCAAGAAUCUGCCUUGAACUGAGUUUACUCCAUCGAUAUCUAGGUCUGACAGGUUGGUAGAUUUCAGAUUAGAAGCACAGGCUUGAAUUAUCUUAUUAGGUUGAACUUGCCAAAUUUUUUGAGGCAUGAUUCUGAAUAAAUUCGUUUUUUUGCUUGUCUCUUGUUGGUUCCCAAGUUUUUUAACAGCCAAAUCAGAAGACUGAAACUUUCAUUUUGUGUUAUUCAGUUAAUACUGACAGUAGACUUGUAUCAUCUGAUGAUGCCAUGUGAAUUGCUAGAAGCAUGUAAAGUGUAUGACUAAUCCAAUAAUGAAAGUUUUAUAA